CGGACCAUCCAAUCAUGCAUUGGUGGCAGCUGCCAUUUUCGUCUUCCACCGUCGCCAAAUUGCGGCAAAACGACGUCGAUGCGAAUAGCUGCUCUCAGCCGUUGCCCCUGCCAGAACUGCUGCCGCCUGAGCCUAAACUACUCCCCUCCGCCUCCCAGUCCCACAACGUUCCCCUUCCGUCGCCGCCCGAUUGUCGGAGCCUCAGCCUCAAUGAGGAGACAGAUCACCACCUAAAAAGCAGAUCAAGUGUAGAACAGCCUGAAUUUCGGCUAUCUAGAAAGUCAGCUGUUAAACAAGAGAGCCGUCGCAGUAUUUUCAUGAGUGCUCCAACUAGUCCUGUAUGCAGUCCCUCGCCAUCCUAUCACAGGGUACCCCCUGCUAUUUUCCGUGCUCGGUCCGAGCCAAGGAAUCCCCAUUGCAAUGGAAAUACAGGACUAAGUUGUAGUUAUCAAAUGCCUUUGGAUAAAAUUUCUGGUGCAAGUGCUGAGGAUCCCCCUCUUAUAACUCAAACAGUGAGUUCUCACUCCCAUGUCGAAAGUGCACCCGGGGCCGGAUUGCCAGAACCUUUCAAGAUAACGUUGGACUGGAGGGAAAGUUUUUCUCAUGCCAAUGUACAUACUCUGCCUCUCCCUCCAGGGGCUGACAUGCCCACUCCACUCUCCUCAAGCUCUUCUACAUCUCAUCUUUCGGGAGCUACCAACUUCUUUUCGCCUGCUACAAUUCCCACUCUUGUCGCAAGGUCUGAACAUCCCGGAGCUAAACAGUCCUCUCCUAUUAGAUCUCAAUGGCAGAAAGGGAAGCUCAUUGGGAGGGGUACAUUUGGAAGUGUGUAUGUUGGUUCCAACAGGGAGACUGGAGCUUUAUGUGCAAUGAAGGAGGUUGAGAUUUUACCAGAGGAUGUAAAAUCUCAAGAAAGCAUCAGGCAGCUAGAGCAGGAAAUUAAGGUUCUUAGCAAGCUAAAGCAUCCAAACAUUGUGCAGUAUUAUGGCAGUGAAAUUGUUGGAGACAAGUUCUAUAUAUACCUGGAAUAUGUUCAUCCUGGCUCAAUCAAUAAAUUCAUCUAUGACCAUAGUGCAGCUAUUACGGAGUCUGUAGUUCGUAAUUUCACACGUCAUAUUCUAUGUGGAUUGGCUUAUUUGCAUAGCACAAAAACCAUACACAGGGACAUCAAGGGUGCAAAUUUACUUGUAGAUGCACAUGGUGUUGUCAAGCUUGCUGACUUUGGGAUGGCUAAACAUAUAAACGGGGAAGCAGUAAAUCUAUCGUUGAAGGGUAGUCCAUAUUGGCUGGCUCCAGAGCUUUUGCAGUGUGUGGUGCCAAGUUCUGAUAUUGGUUUAGCAAUAGAUAUAUGGAGUUUGGGGUGCACCAUAAUUCAAAUGAUCAACGGAAAGCCCCCAUGGAGCGGCUACGAAGGGGCUGCAGCAUUGUUCAAGGUGUUGAAGGAGAGUCCACCCAUACCUGAAACGCUGUCGCCAGAGGGCAAGGAUUUCUUGCAGUGCUGCUUCCGUCGAAAUCCUGCUGAUAGACCUACAGCUAGCAAAUUACUAGAGCAUCCAUUUGUGGAUUGUAGCCGCAUCAGUUCGACUCACCUAAACUGAUAAAAUUAAUGGUAUUAUGCAAUGUCCAAUCUCUUUUGAUGAUCA